AUGUUCAUAACGGGAGAAGGGAAGAUGGAGGAACGGACCUUUGGUGUAGGUGUAGAGAGCUGCCACCUCAGGAGGUCACCCGUUAGUGAUGAGAAGAAACAUCGCGUACUGGCGAACAAGACAAGUCAACAUGCGAACUUUCAAGUACUCAAGCGUAACGAAAUGUAUAGUGUGUACACACACCUAGAGAACGGCUUCUCGCGUCGUAGGAACUUGCUCGCAGACCCUUCCCUCCCAUUAAACUUUAAUCUUACGGGCGUUAGUGAGAACGGCCUCCGCUCAAUCGUCGCCACAGCUAUCGUAUCCGAAUGCAACUCGGACUCCGAACCAGCGUCCACACCCGAGUUCGCGUCGGCGACUUCGUCAAUCGUAUCUAGCGGUGUGCUCAUACUACUCGUCCUUCGUCUCGUCGAUACGCAUCUUCGGAUCCGAUACCGCGGCCCUGCAUGGGUUGAGCUAGAAUUCGAAUGUGACGUGGAAGAAGCGGCGGGAGGAUCGGCGCGGAUACGCAGUAUGCUAGUUAUCUCUGCGUCGAGGCGCCCAUAUCCCAUUGAGCGCUUACUCGUUGAAACACGAUACAGUGGUGCACCGUCCGAGGUGAGGUAUUCCGCAUCGAAGGGAUCGUUCCGAGAAAGCGUCAGCGUAAUUGCGCCGCGCUCCGCCGCAUCGAAGAAGCUGUUCAUUCGAGGGAGAAGAUUCUCCAUCCUUGGCUGUAUCCAGCCUUCGAAGCAAGAUAAAGGCGGAUGA